GCUGAGUCAAUAAAAAAACAAAAAACAAGAAUGAAAUAAAAACAGAAAUGUAAAUAAAAACUUUCAACUUAGCCGUUCUUUGCUUUGGAUUAAAACUGUUUGUAAACAUCAUUUAAGAAGAUCUGUGAGGUGUGAGAACUUUAGCUUCACGUAGAAAAUGGGGGUUUUGAUCCAAAAGAUAAAACAAUAAGCAGAGGCUGUUGCUAACGCAGAGUGGAAAGGUUACACUGAGCUAUACUAAAUUUACCAAAGGGAUACAAUGAUUUUCUAGAUUCUGGGAGACAUGGAGAACUAUGAAGUUAUAGGGAGGAUUGGCGAGGGUGCGCAUGGCUAUGUCCUGCAUGCCAAGAACAAGACCGAGGACAAGGAGGUCGCACUCAAAAAAGUUCUAGUGAAGAAGCUUGAGGAAGGCAUACCUAGGCUCAUACUGAGGGAGAUCAAAACAAUGCAAGCCCUAGAGUGCAAAUAUAUUAUGAAAUUGAUUGAAUAUUUCCCUCAAGGAGCUGGAGUUAUAAUGGUUUUUGAUUACAUGCCUUCUGGGCUUUGGGAAAUGAUCCACGACCGGGAGGUAGAGCUUGACCAACCGUUGAUCAAGAGCUAUAUGCACAUGUUGCUCCAAGGGCUUUCCUACAUGCACGAGAAUAACAUCAUGCACAGGGAUUUGAAACCAGCGAAUCUGCUUAUCAGCAAAGAAGGAAUUUUGAAGAUAGGAGAUUUUGGUCAGGCUCGCUUACUCUGGCUUGAAAAGGACAGAGGCAAGCCUUAUACACAGCAAGUAUCGACGAGGUGGUAUAGGGCCCCGGAACUGCUCUAUGGAGCGAGAAAAUACUCAGAGGCUAUCGACCUUUGGGCAGUCGGAUGCAUAUUUGCUGAAAUGUUCACAAAAUCUCCUUUGUUUCCUGGUGAGACUGACAUCGACCAAUUGGCAUUGGUGAUAAAAAAUUUGGGGACACCAACUGAGGAGAACUGGCCAGGGCACACGACCCUUCCAGACUUCAAUAAAAUUUCAUUCGCACCGACGAAAGCAGUCCCUUGGUCAAAACAGUUGCCAGACGUCCCCGCCACGGCCAUCGACUUGAUCAAGUCAUUUGUCAAGUACAAUUCGCGAAAGAGGAUGACUGCUAAGGAGGCCUUGUCACAUAAAUAUUUUUCAACGCCACCGAACCAAAUCAAAGAAGUGGAUUUGCCCAGGCCUCUCUACGACCACCGACUGAGACUUAAAUCAAAAGACUUUGACUUCUCUCCGCCCCAGGAAAUUUUCCAAGAUUGUGAUGUGAUGGAUUUUUUAGAGCAGUACUUCAUCCUCGGAAAUAACAAGUACCAACUGUAUUUUUCAAGUUAAAUUCCAAUGCAAGAAUCGUGGGUGGAAGUGGGUCCGAGUCCUGAACGGACCACUCCCUUGUCCUUUGCUC